GCAGCAACCCGACAUUGAUUAGACUGGAUCUGUCCCACCUCUGUGCGGAGACUGGUGACAACAGCAACCAUGAACACACAACAACAGAUGAUGGAGCAGAUGGGACAGUGGAGAAUCACUGUCUGGGAGGAGGAGAACUUCCAGGGCAAGCGCUGUGAGUUCAUGCUGGAGUGUCAGAACAUCAUGGAGAGGGGAUUCCAGAAGAUCCGCUCCAUCAAGGUGGAAAAUGGCGCCUGGGUCGGGUAUGAGUAUCCUGAAUAUCAGGGUCAGCAGUUCAUCCUAGAGAAGGGUGAUUAUCCCCGAUAUGAAGCCUGGAGCGGAAACAGCAGUUACAGAACCGAGCACAUGCUCUCCUUCAGACCAAUUAAGUGCGCUAACCACAGUGACAGCAAAGUGACACUCUAUGAGUGUGAAGACUUCCAGGGGCGCAAGUUUGAGAUGAGCGAUGACUACCCCUCCCUUCAGGCCAUGGGCUGGUGCAGCAAGGAAGUCCCCUCCAUGAAAGUCAAUUCUGGAGCCUGGGUCGCCUAUCAGUUCCCUGGUUACCGCGGAUAUCAGUACGUCUUGGAGAGAGACAGACACCAAGGAGAGUACAGAAACUACAAUGAGUUCAGCACCCAGGCCCAUACCAACCAGGUCCAGUCUAUUCGUAGAAUCCAGCAGUAAGUCCGGCGGCUGUUAUGUACCUACCAUGCCAUAAAAUGUAUUAAAAUAGGCAAUAAAGACUUUAUUCAAACUAUGGAAAAA